AUGAAAGGUGCAUACACACAGCCGUUAAAACAAGGUUACCUUCUAAAGCAAAGCGAAAUUCUGAAACAAUGGCAUCUCCGUUAUUUCGUCCUGAGCAAAGAGUGCCUAUGUUACUAUAGAACUGAAGCGGAAUCAUUGCAAGAGGCACCCAAGGAGGUUAUAUUCUUCAAUGACAUGUCUCUGUAUAUAGACGAACAGGCAGAUAAACAUACAAAGUACUGCUUACGGCUUGUAAAGCGAUCUGUAUCUGCCGGCAAGAUUGCUAAUCGGACAUUUUUUCUGUGUUCUUUCUCGCAAGAUGAAAGGAACGAAUGGUUGUCUCAAAUUCUCUUAGCAAAAGCAAUGGCGUUAGUCGCUGAUCCAACCGCGCUGAUAGGAAAACGCGAAACCUCAACAGAGCAUAUGGACUUUGAGCUCACUGCUUCCGGAAAAUAUGUCCGGCUUCCCACCGCAAAGGAACUGCUACUGAAAUGUCGACAGAAACUUAUGCUCGUAAGCGGUUCAAGGAAUUCCUUGGGUCGUUUAUUCCCUGAAAACUUAGACAAUUCAGAACUAAAGUCUUUUACUUUGAACCUUCAACACUGGAGGACCUCAUUAAUGAUGAUACGAUCGUAG